GCAUUAUAUACAGUGAGGAAGCGGCAAGAUAAGAAAUUUUUUUAUUUUUCUACCACCUACAUAUGCCGGUUGUGAGCUGUUAUUACGGCUGGAUAUGUGCUGUUAACAGCAUUUCCACUGCCCACUGUUAAUCUAAAAGCAAUCUUUUGCACUGCCUUCGACAAUUGUGCAAAAGGGUUAAUGCAAAAAUGGUUUUACCGCUACACUUUUUUGCUUUUCAUGUUUUUGCGUGUACUGUGUGUGGUUUAGACAUUCCAAAAACACACACACACAUAUAUAUAUAUAUAUAUAUACGUGAUGGUUUGAUAGUCGUACCUAAUCUUUUUUUGUGGUAAAAAGUCGUACCUAAUCUUUGGAUGCCGCCAAUUACAUGGAAUCUUUAUGGAAAAGAAAUAAAAUUCUUGGCGUUGAAAUAUUAUGCACGAUUAUUACAUGGUGGGCAUGUACGUUUACUAUGGCAAAUUUGUAUGUUCUUGUGUGUAUAUAUAUAUAUAUAUAUCCAUAUGCAUGGAGUCUCUGAUUUGUGUGUGUGUGUGUGUGUUUACACAUAGAGGUAAGAAUAGAAACCACCAGAAAGAAAGAAAGAAAGGAGAGAUCUUGAUCAAUAGAUCUAGGCAGGUAGAUAGCUAAGGCAUAGAGGGUAGGGAUGCACAGAGGGCAUGUAUUAGCCGUUCCAUAUCCAAGUCAAGGCCACAUAAACCCUCUACUUCAAUUCUGCAAGCACUUAUCAUCAAAGGGCCUGAAAGCCACCCUUGCCACCACCAUAUUCAUCUCGAAAACCUUUAAACCAAACCCAUCAAUUGCCGGCUCCGUUCAACUGGACACCAUCUCGGAUGGCUUCGACGAUGGCGGCUUUGCUCAAGCUGAAGGCGUGGCUGACUAUUUAACAAAACUAGAAGCUGCCGGCUCCAAAAGCCUGGCUGAGCUGAUCUUAAAGUACAAGGAGUCAGCAGAUGACCCCAUCGAUUGCAUAGUGUACGACUCCUUCUUGCCUUGGGCUUUGGAUGUGGCCAUAGAGUUUGGGACAGCCUCAGCUGCCUUCUUCACCCAACCUUGCACCGUCAAUUACAUCUAUUUCUGUGUUCACCAUGGCCUCCUCAACCUCCCAAUCCCUACUAAUUCCAUCCCACUCUCUAUUCCGGGCCUGCACUUUCUUGACAUUCCGGAUAUGCCGUCCUUCAUAUGCGUGGAGGGCUCUUAUCCCGCUUACUUUGAGAUGGUGUUGUCCCAGUUUUCUAAUGCACACAAAGCCGAUUUCUUACUUUGCAAUACCGUCUCAGCUUUUGAGGAAGAGGUGGUGGAAUGCAUGUCAAAAGUAUUUCCCUCCACGCUGACAAUUGGGCCGACCAUUCCAUCGGCAUACUUGAAUAAUAAGCAUAUGAGGGUCAAAUUCAAAGAUGAUGACAAAGAGUACGGGUUUAAUCUGUUCGAAUCCGAAGCAUCGGGUGUUUGCAUGGAGUGGCUCAACAAAAAGCCGGUGGGCUCUGUUGUGUAUGUGUCGUUUGGUAGCAUGGCCAAUCUGAGUGUGAAGCAAAUAGAGGAACUUUCAAUGGGACUGAAAGCUUCCAACAUGUAUUUCUUAUGGGUGAUAAGGCCUUUUGAACAGGAAAAGCUGCGGGAUAAGUUUGGGGAAGAUGAUGAUAAAGGGCUAUUGGUGAAAUGGUGCCCCCAGUUGGAAGUCCUUGCCAAUGAGGCCGUGGGGUGCUUCUUCACGCAUUGCGGUUGGAAUUCAGCGAUGGAGGGAUUGAGCUUGGGAGUUCCAAUGGUAGCCAUGCCACAAUGGACCGACCAAACUACCAAUGCCAAGCUUGUGGAGGGUGUUUGGAAGGUCGGGGUUAGAGUUCGUGUGGAUGAGAAUGGGAUUGUGGGGAGACAUGAAAUUAGUGGGUGCAUCAGACAGGUGAUGGAGGUGGAGAGAGCCAAAGAAAUUAAAUACAACGCCAAUAAAUGGAGAAACAUUGCUAUUCGGGCAAUUAGUGACGGCGGCUCUUCCGACAACAACAUUGACCGAUUUAUAUCCAAAUUGAAAUCGUCUCCUCCUCCAAGCUCUACUAAGUAAUCAACUAGCUUAUUCAAGGAGAUGUAUUCAAUUUAAAGUUUAUUUAAUUUAAAAUUUAAUACAUUUAAAACAAAUUAUAAACUUUAAAAGAUUUGAUAAA